CACACAUACCGGAUGGAGCAAACUCAAAAGAGCAAGUUCCAACAACUGUUUAUUAUUUCUUAGUUCCUAUUGUACCCUCUAAAGCAAAGUUCUACAUCAGAGGAAAAUCACCCCAUGGCUAUAAAAAAAAUUAUCACAAACAUAGAUAAAGUUACACAAGAGGGGGUAUAGCAGGGUUAUUGAUUACAUUUUUUUAAUAAAAUUCUCAUUUGACUAAACAUUAUCUCUCAGCUCCACAAGUUCAUUGUAAGUUCAACACAAAUUUUAUCUGUCUUCCAUAAGCUCAUUAUAAGUUCAAAGCAAUAGUAUUUUUGUGUGUGUCAUAGGUUAAUAGGGUUUUUACCAAGAAAUAGGGCAUCUACCUUAUGUCUUAUUUUUGAAGUCUUGUAUGGCUAAGUCAGGUAAUCAUCUAUUUUCUGUUCUAUACUCAUAAUAGAAUCACUCAUUCUGUGUUCAUGGCUUUUCUUUCAUGAUACACACCAAGACCUGACCUCAUCUCUGGACCUAACCUAGAGUCAAUGUUUUCCUUUAUCAGAAAUUUGUCCCAAGACAAAUGCUUGUGACACAUGAAGGCUCACAGAACUCCUUUUGCAGGUUUUGCUGUUCUGCAGGGGUCACUUAAAACUAUUUAAAUCAAAAUCAGGAAUUCUACAAAAAUCAUUAUCAGGAAUUAUAAAAUCAUCAAUUCAUCUAAACAGCAUUAUUUUAUGAAAGUACAUCUUCAUAUUGAUCUGCAGGGAAUGUGGCCAACAGAGAGGGCUAAUACCCAGGAAGCAAUCAUACCAGACUAUAGGCAGUGUGAGUAUCCUCACAUCCAGUCAUACCAUGCCAAAUAUAUGAGGAAUGCAACAAUGACAAGCAUGAAAAGGCAUAUCAGCACAAGAAGCAAUCCAGAAACAAAAGUCCCUGGGGUCCAAGCCUCUCCAGGGCAUGCCCAUUGUAGCUAUACAAAAUGGUGAGCAUCUCCAGGAGACUGACUGACUUAGUACAGCUUUUCCUGCACAGCUUCUGCUACUGCUCUUUACAGAGAAUCCUAAUUGUUUAAAUCUAUUAUCAUUAAUCACUUUUCAGUAGUUUUCCAUGUAUGUAUAUUUUCCUUAGUUAUUAGGCAUGUACAUACUAUUUAUAGUCUGCUUUUGUCAUUUCCCUUUGUUAAUGUUGCUGUUUAUUAUUACCUCCACAUCUGUCAACUAGAAUAGUAUAGAAAUAGUUCUUGGUGUUAACAUAUCAUAAAGGGAGCUUCCCUAUAUUUAAUAUUUGGGUUUUCAGGUCUUAAUUAGUUUCUUCAAGGAAUAUUUUAAGUAUAUCUGUCUAUUGCUAUAGUUAUAGGGUGAAACUUAUAUAGUGGAGUAGUCUAGUGAGGAGACUGACAAGGAUGUAAAGUACAGAUUAACAAAGUGCUCUAGCAGGUUGUUGAAACAGGAAGUAACAAGGAACACUUACUUGAGACUCUAGUGUUACUUGUAUAGUAGACUCAGACUUAAGGACUGAAGAGGUGAUCAUGUAAAGAAAGAGAAAAAGAACUUUGAGACAGAUAAAUGGCAGGCGGACUGACAAUAUGGCACAGUGGUUAAUAUAAUCAGGACCAGAGUUUGGAUUCCAGCUGGGUUUCCCCUCCAGUGCCUGUAAUCGCAGCUCUGAUGGGAUGAAGACAAGAAGGUUGUUGGGGCUUGCUGGCUUCUGAGCCUCAAGCUCCAGACUCAGGAAGAAACCCUGACUAAGGAACAAACACAAAGUGAUGGAAAAGAAAAUCUAAUGCUUCUGGCCUCAGUGUGCAUGCACAUACAUACAUAUUAUUAAAAUAAAAUUAAGAAGUCCUAAAAGGAAAAGAAACUUGUAUUUCAAAGGUAAACGUUCCUGGAACUGAAGAAAAGAUUGGUGGAUAGAAGAGAUACAAGAUGGUGAAUCUUUGGAGGAAAUACAGGUGAUAUGGGGCAGGAACUUGAUCAGAAUGCCACUGAGAAAGUUCAGGCAAUGUUCACAGCCAUUGAUGAGCUCCUCUACGAGCAGAAGCUGAGCGUGCACACACACAGUCUGCAGAAGGAAUGCCAGCAGUGGGCGUGCAGCUUUCCUCACCUCAGGGUUCUGGGUAGACAGAUAAUCACCCCGAGUGAAGGCUAUGGCUUGUACCCUAGAUCCCCUUCUGCUGCGUCGGCUUCACAUGAAGCAGCCUUGUCUCAAGAAAGAGAUUCUACCAUAUUUGGUAUAAGGGGAAAGAGGUUACAUUUUUCAUCUUACAAAGCAUCUCCCACCAUCAAACCCUCUGGUUUGUCUGCUAUGGAAGGAGAAGAGGCAGAUUGUAUUAUCCUUUCUGAAGGAAUAAUUGAGGAGUACUUAGCUUUUGACCACACGGAUAUGGAAGAGGGAUUUCAUGGAAACAAAUCAGAAGCAGCUACAGAGAAACAGAAAUUAGGGUACCCUCCCAUUGCUCCAUUUUACUGCAUGAAAGAGGAUGUUCUUGCUUAUGUGUUUGACAACGUGUGGAGCAAGGUUGUGGGCUGUAUGGAGCAGUUGACACGUAGUCACUGGGAGGGAUUUGCCUCUGAUGAUGAGAGUAAUGCUGAAAUUACCAGACUGGAUUCGGGAAGUCCCUAUGUGCUGAACGAACAGCAUCCUUUGGUCUUACCUCGAGUGCCGCAGUCCAAGGUGCUGUCUAUCACCUCAAAUCCGAUGAGUUUCUGUCAAGCAAGUGGUCAUCAGCCAAACGUGAAUGGCCUCUUGGUUCAUGGGAUGCCUCUGCAGCCAAGGAAUCUCUCCCUGAUGGAUAAGCUCCUAGAUCUUGAUGACAAGCUACUUAUGAGGCCUGGGUCCAGUUCCAUCCUUUCAAACCGAAAUUGGCCAAACCGAGCCCUGGAGCUUAGUACGUCAUCUUUGUCAUAUACAACGCAGUCUGCCAGGAGGCGCAACCCCCCACCACGAACCCUUCAUCCAAUUGGCACAAGCCACUCACGAGCUGGGACACCAUGGCCUGCAGAAGAAAUCCUCAGAGGAUCCUGGGUUCCAAUGACAGCAGACACACUCUCUAAUCCCUCACCAAUGACCCUGGGUCGGAACAAUCUGCUGCCACCUAUUGGAACAGCUGAAGUUGAACACCUGAGCACCGUGGGGCCGCGGGCCACAAAACCUCACGGUGACCCCAGCCGAGCUCGAAGUGCAGUGGUGGACGAGCCUAACCAGCAGCCCCAAGAGAGGCUCCUUUUACCUGUCUUCUCUAGACCCAACACAACUCAGUCGUUCUUGCCAGACACUCAGUACCGAAAUUCAUGUGCAUCUGAGUAUCCUCAUCAGGCCCGACCUGGCAGGGGGUCUGCAGGUACAGAGAACCUAAGGUUCCGAAUAUCCAUGUCAGGCAACUCACAGCCACCAGUUUCAAGAGAUCAGACUCCCUCUUCUGGCCCCACAGGUCCUCAGUCACAUGGGUCUACAAAACCUCAGAGCAAAGGUGGACCCAUCUCUAGAGCCAGGCAGUGACCAACCACAGGGCAAGUAAGAAACUGCAAGGCCGCAGCACAUUAUAAAUGCAUGAAGGCUUCAUGCACCAGCACUCGGGCACUGAAUGAUGCAAAGCUCUGACAAACAGCAGCUUGGACCAUCAAGAGUUAUCUAAGAAACACUACAGAUGCCAAAGGCUGCAUGGGCAACUGUUCUGUGUCCAGUUACUAUCUUCUUCCAGCUUUAGUUACCCUAUUCCAUGGGGCAGUAAAGAUUGUACCCAAAGACGCAACAAUGAAAAACCACCCCAAAUCACUGCUCAUGUUGUCUGUAAACAAUCACCAGUUUAAUUCUUAUACAACUCAGUGAGAUUACAUACACACAGAUGAUUCAGAUCACUGGCUUCAGAAUAUUUCUGCUUUUAUUAAUUUCUGGAGAACUGUACUUAGUUUUAACCUAUUUUUAGAAGAAAGUGCUGCCAACAAUCUGAGAUAUUCAUCAAAUAAAUGUCAUUCCUAAA